CCAGAGAUAAACCCACGAGCUGAAAUAAGAUUUUAGCCAUUGUUGUUUUGUAUGGAAAUAAUGCAGCUAUAAACAUUUGAUAAUGGAUGAUCAAUACAAAUCCGGGACAAACAGUCAUUUAUAUGAUAUUUUCAACGACCUCGGCUAUUCAAAGGUGCGUUCUGAACAGAGAGUAAAGAUAUAUGAGAAUGCAAGUAGGUGCUUUGCACGUGUUACGAAUAGAAAUUGGUCCGUCGCUGAUGUUGAUGUUACCGUUCUUGGAAGUCGUGGAGAAGGUAUGGCUGUUGCUUUGGGCAGUGAUAUAGACAUAAUGCAUCUUCAACCGGCAGUGAGGUGUUUUGAAACAUUCCCAACAGAAAACAAAGAAUCCAUUGACAAAUACGUUGCUACAUUUAAACUUAACUUUACGAAUGUCCCGGAAGGUUAUGCGAAGUUGCACUUAGAAACAAUCAAAGACAUACCAUGGCCUGACAAUCAUAAUAGACUAGUUUUUAAAAUAAAAAGAGCAUUAACAAGUGAUGGUUAUUUGAAAAAUGACCAACGAAUCAUCGAUUCCAUAGAAAACGACGGCGAAAGAGUGAAGGUCGAAGGAUGGCUAAGUGCACACUUUCAACACGAAAGAGCAAAUGGCCCGGCACAACCGCUUCAAUACCCAUUACCCUUUCGUGGACUGUAUAUCCCAAUAGAUUUCAUACCAGCUUUUUUGUGUGAAUAUCCGACGAUCUUCGACGAAUGGUUCGAACGGGUUCAAGGUAAGGCAUGGCCUGGAGUAGAUACAUCAAUGAAAGUUAAGAAGUCGAACACAUUUGUUGUACCUGUCGGUUUAGCUGGGAGUGAUGAGGAAGUAUUACAGUGGCGGAUGUCCUUUACCUUGGCUGAAAGAUUGUUGGUAAUGUCCUUCAAUGAUGCACAGAUUAAAACAUACGCUGCAAUGAAAAUGAUUGUGAAACACGCACUGAACCCGAUUUGUGAAAAUAUGUCUUCCUACCAAGUGAAAACUGCUAUGUUCUGGGUAUCCGAAAAGAAUCAAGGUAUCCUGAAUAUUGAUGAUUUCAAUGAAAUGUUGUUAGAUGUUAUAAUAUUCUUAACCGAAUGCGUAAGAACUAGAUGUCUGCAACACUACUUCACACCUUCAAAGAAUCUGAUGUUUCGAAAGUUUUCGGACGAAGAACGUAGUUGCUUGCUUGCUUCUCUCAAUGCGAUUUCCCGAGACAUUGCAUAUGCUCUUCGACGAUGUCCGUUAAUACACAUCAUGUGCUCUUUACCUAAAAAAGAGAUUAAAAAGAGAUUGAUUUUUAGAAAUAUUUGCGACGAACUUCUGGCAGCAUAUUUGUCCAUUGAACCUGAGGAAUAUGAUGUGAUUGAGCAUUUACUUCACCGUGCACAAUCAAGUCAAGAAUAUUUGGAGCUAUAUGUGAAACACGUGCUCCCUAUCGUUAGGCAAAACAACCCAUAUGGAUACUUUCAUCUAUUGUCAUCGAUGAAUGUUGAUGAAAUUACAAGUAUAAUGAUGAAUGGGAUCAAACAAGGAUACAACAAAAUAUGGCUUAAUUGAACUUUUGGCAGCGUUUUGUCCCAUUGAACAUGAAGAAUAUGACAUAUUUUAAUGUUUUGUUUAACAAAUAUAUUGAAUUGUUAAGCCUUAUGAAACUUAACAGACAUCUUGUUUUUCUUGCUGUAGGCUGUCUAAAUAUUGACUUGCUGUAAAAUUUACAGGGAAAAACUGACAAAAUAUAAAAUAAGAAUUAACAAUGGUCGUUUUAAAAGACAAAUUGUUAUUUGGGAAUCUCAUUGAUCACUUUAUAAUAAAAUGUGAAGGAUAGUUCUUGCCAUUCUAAAAUAAAGUUGAAAGGUUAGUUCUAAAAUAAAAUGUAAAGGAUAUUUCCUACAUUAUAAAAAUUGUAAAGGAUAGUUCUAAAAUAAAAUAUACAGGAUUAUUCUCGAACCUUCCUGUUAAAAAGCUAAGAUAUCUAAAUUCUGUUAACAAAACAUUUUACAAUGCGUUUUGAUCUUAUAACAUUUUCAAACGAAUAUGUUAUCUUACAUACGAACUUAUUGAGCUGAUGCUACACAAGAACGUUCUGAGUUAUAUUUUCAUUUUUUAGGUUUCCAUCAGUAUGUGUUGUAAAUUUGUAGAUAAGUAACACAGCUAGAUCUUAUAGACUUAAAGAUAUACAAGGUUCAUAUUUUCAUAUUUGAAAAAUGUUACAAUUCCAACACAGUGCCGUUCUAAAGGCAAAAUAAACAUGCAUUGAAAUUCCAUGGAGUCCAUGUGUGUGUUAAGUUUUUUAAGUCUACACACCAUAAGUAAAUACAAUUUAAAAACAUAGUGUCCUUAAAAACUGUCAGUUUUUUUUUUAAGAAAUAAACUACUAAACUUGACCCAUAAUAUUUAAUGAAGCUU